AUGGAUGCAUUUUGUCGAUCAUUUCUGCGUGUGAGAGAACACAACAAAGCCUAUGAGGCAGGCCAAGUGACAUUCAAAACGGGAAUCAAUGAAUUCAGUGACUGGGUAUCUGUCGUUGCUUGAAAAAUUGCUGCACCUCCACCAAAGUCAAUUGACUGGCGCACAAAGGGAGCAGUAACACCUAUCAGAAAGCAAGGUAGCUGUGGUUCGUGCUGGGCAUUUGCAUCCGCGGCGGCCGUGGAAGGACAUGCGUACAUACACAAUGAUCGACUUGAAGUCUUGUCUACACAGCAACUAAUAGACUGCAGUUCGGGGUACGGGAAUAGUGGUUGCGCCGGCGGAGAUUCAAUAACGUCCUUUCGAUACCUGAAAGAUUCCGAUGGUUUGGAGCUGGAUCGAGACUAUCCCUAUAUUUCCGAUAAGACGCUUAGACCAAAUUCUUAUUGUAAGGUUGACUCAUCGGUGUGGACAGCUGAGGUUGCCGGAUUUGUGGUCCUUCCUUAUAACGACGAGGAUGCGAUACUUCAGGCAGUUGGUUUCCACGGUCCCGUUGCAAUAUCGGUAGAUUCCCGUCUGCAGAGCUUUAAGGAUUACAAGGGAGCCAAGCGUUUCCGUUUGAAACGCAUUGUUCCCACUGGUUUAUUUUGCGUGAGCUCAUUAUUUUGCUCUCCAAAACUUUUGACCACAGAUAUCUAUUCCGACCGACGCUGCGGAACACACUCCGAUCACGCGAUGUUGGCUGUUGGCUACGGCGAAGAGAACGGAAUCCCUUACUGGAUUAUUAAGAACAGCUGGGGUGAACGCUGGGGUGAAAAGGGCUAUCUGAGACUGAGGCGCGGGGUGAACAUGUGUGGCGUGGCAUCUGUUUCCACCUAUCCGUUGGUGUAA